AUGCGCCAGAGCAAAGACCAAUCAGGCCCACAAGACAGGCUAAUGGCACGCCGUCCCACAAGAAAGGCCAAAGCAUGUGCCAGAAGAAAAGGACAAACCGCCCCACAAGAAAGGCCACAGUAUGUGCCAGCAAAAAGGGCCAACCAGCCCACAAGAAAGACCACAGUAUGUGCCAGCAAAAAGGGCCAACCAGCCCACAAGAAAGACCACAGUAUGUGCCAGCAAAAAUGGUUAACUAUCCUACAAGAGAGGCCAAAGUAUGCGCCAGAGCAAACAUCAAUGCGGCCCACAAGAAAGGCUAAUUCCAAAAUCUGGGUUGUACCUCCAAGUCUCAAGGCCAAGUCGAUUUCCAAGAAGGGGUCCAAUGCAAAGCAUAUACUAAGUCCUCCUCUCCAAAAGGAUCAAAAGAAAUCCGAACUCGAGGCAUAUACUAAGUCCUCCACUCCUAAAGGAUCAAAUCCAAAAACCGAGGCGUAG